AUUUCCUGGUUUGUGUUGAUGUCCCCCGAUGUAAGCAGUGUGAAACCAAACGGUAGUCUUUUUCUCAUGUUUCUUACUUUUGUUGAGAUGCUGCCGACUUUCGAUUGAAAGUAAAAAUCGAUGUUCCGCUGAUUAGUUCUGUGAUUCAGCCGCUUGUGUUCUGUUCUUUGAUUUGGCAUGUUGUCAUCACCAGAUUCACUGAGGGCGCAGCAGGUUUGAUGCCCACUGCUCCCAUCAUGGAGCCCUCAGAUUUGAUCACGCACAAAAACGGGAGGCAGAGGAAGAUGGUGGGCGCUAACCUGCUGUCUGAAAACAUGAGGGAUGUGGACAGGGGAGAGACCAGCUCCCCUGAGCCAGAAGUAGAAGAGGAAGCAGAGGGUCUCAUCAGAGGGACGGACUCCGAGGACAGGAGGCGUCACAAAGCCCGGCCUGGGAUCCGUGGCGAGCUGGGGAACAUACUGCUUCUUCUGUUCCUCUAUGUGCUGCAGGGGAUUCCUCUGGGACUGGCUGGCAGCAUCCCGCUGAUCUUACAGAGUAAGAACGUCAGCUACAAAGACCAAGCUUUCUUCAGCUUCGUCUUUUGGCCAUUUAGUCUCAAGCUUUUCUGGGCACCGCUGGUGGAUGCACUGUACUUCAGCAGGUUUGGCAGAAGAAAGUCAUGGCUGGUGCCUACACAGUACCUCCUGGGCCUCUUCAUGCUCUACCUUUCUUUAACGGUCAACUCGCUGCUGCAGAGUGAGACAGGACCAUGUGUAGUAACACUUACUGCAGUCUUCUUUAUGCUUGCCUUUCUGGCAGCCACACAGGAUAUAGCUGUGGAUGGCUGGGCCCUGACUAUGUUAUCCAGAGAAAAUGUGGGAUAUGCAUCUACAUGCAACUCUGUAGGCCAGACGGCUGGCUACUUCCUGGGGAAUGUGCUCUUUUUGGCUCUGGAGUCGGCAGACUUUUGCAACAAAUACCUCAGAUUAGAGCCCAAGGACACAGGCAUCGUCACCUUGUCAGAUUUCUUGUUUUUUUGGGGAAUCGUGUUCCUGGUUUCCACCACACUGGUGGCCAUCUUUAAAAGAGAAAAUGAACAUGGCAAAGGGAAGAGAAAAGUUCCAGAAGAGACACAAGGCGUCAUGGAAACCUACAAGUUGUUGUUCUCUAUCAUCAAGAUGCCCACAGUCUUCACCUUUUGUGUCCUGCUUCUCACUGCCAAAAUUGGCUUUUCUGCAGCAGAUGCAGUUACAGGUCUGAAGCUGGUGGAGGCUGGAGUUCCCAAGGAACAGCUGGCAUUGCUGGCAGUGCCCAUGGUGCCUCUGCAGAUCCUGCUGCCGGUGAUCAUCAGUAAAUACACAGCGGGGCCCCGGCCUCUGGAUGUCUUCUACAAGGCCUUCCCUUUUAGGUUGCUUAUAGGGCUGGAGUAUGCACUGCUGGUGUGGUGGACUCCCAGUGUAAAACAAGAAGGAGGAUUCCCCGUUUACUACUUUGCCAUUGUGCUGCUUAGCUACGCACUGCAUCAGGUGGCGUUGUACAGCAUGUAUGUGGCCUGCAUGGCUUUCCACGCCAAAGUGAGUGACCCCCUCAUCGGCGGGACCUACAUGACCCUGCUCAACACGGUCACCAACCUUGGAGGAAACUGGCCCUCCACGGUCGCUCUGUGGAUGGUUGAUCCACUGACUUCGAAGGAAUGCCAGGGGGCUGUGGGGCAGAGCUGUGGCUCCUCAGAAGAGGCAGGGCUGUGCGUGAAGGAAGGCGGCUUUUGUGUGACGACGCUGGAUGGCUACUACGUGGAGUCUGUGGUGUGCGUUGUGAUUGGUUUAGCCUGGUGGGUGUGGUUAGGGAAGAAAAUGAGGCGGCUGCAGGAGCAGAGCCCUGCUGCAUGGAGGUGCAGAAUCAACCAGUGACAACACUCCAUCAUUCAAACCACAGACACUUCUUGGUGGACUGUACCUGCAGAUUCCAAAAACGGCUAAUUGCCGGACGUACUGUAAUUCCAUCCUCAUCCGUCUGGUACGUUUCCUUCGCUCCUGCAGUAGCUGCUACAUUCUGCAGACAUUUGCCCCUCAUUCUUUCUUGCUUCAGUCACCAUAAACUUCAUACAUAUGAAGAAGUUCAUUGUUGUCGUCUUCGCUGGAGGUAAAACUCUCUCAUUGUUACUCUCGUGUCCCACUGAAAACUGAAACAACCAGACAGACUAGCUAAAAACUUGGAUAGAAAUAUGUUUUUUUUCUGACACCAUGUACUGCUGCUUGUAAUGGCUUAACCAAACCAGAGCUGAGUCAAAGAAUGUUCAAGUAGUUCUCCGGGUAUCUUCUAACCUGCUUGGAUAAUCAAGUUAAGCUGCUCUGUGCAUUUUUUUACAUCUUAUCCAGACCUAGGAAUGCGAAAUCUAAUAUGCAGAUAUUUUCCAACCUGUUUUAGCCAGUUGCUGUUACAACACAAAUUGUUUCCACCAAACUGCAGAGAACAUGAAGUCUCUACUGUAGUGGAAUUAACAUGUUUGUAUGCAGACUUUUGUGAUGGCGAGUAAGAUAAGACUAUUUUACUACUUUAAGUUACCUCUAAAACAUGCCAUAUUUAUUUUUAUGCAGCAUUCUUAAACAAAACUGUAAAGUUUUAGCCUAAUGGGCACUCUCAGCCUGUCACUGUUCAUCUUGGUUGAUGCUGAUUUCAUUUUCAAGCCUUUGUCUGCUCAUACAGAGGAUGAUGCUGACAUCUUUGUGCACCUCUUACCCAAACAGCAGCAAGAAAUUAGCUCUUGAAAUUUGAAUCCUGGCACCACAUAAAAACUCUCCAUACUUCAGACUCUGACUUGGUUACCUUCCUGGCCAUCAGGAGGGAAAAGCCAUACAGCUGCACACAUUCACUCCAACUGUAUGAAUGUGUGGAUGUGAUUUCCUACCUGUGUCUGACUUGAUGCAGGUUAAAUGAAGUUAAACCCAGAGCGAAGAAUAUUUUUCAUUGCUGUUUGACUCAGAUCUAAACCAGUAUUUUUUAAAAUAAUUAUUUAAUUAGAUUUUUUUUCCCCUCCUAAGUAAUUUGUGCCUUGUUUAGUUUUUCUAUAUUGCAGGCAGGGAAUAUUACUAUAAUUUGCAUAUGAAGUUAAAGUGAUGAGUAGUCAUUGAGUAACACUGCUUUCAGUGAUAUUAAGUGGCAUAAAAUGUCACCGGUGCUUUCACAUUUCUUUCUCUUAAUGAAGCUGAGCGCACAUUCCUUAUGAAUAAUUUAAUUUUCACACUUCCUAAAACAAAACCAGUAUCAUCAGUGGUUAUAUGAACUGAGGUGGCUUAAACAUUAAAUGGCUUCAUUGGAGCAUUUUUUUUCCGUGCUUUCCUUAAAUCUCAUUAAUUAAAUUCCUUAUAGGACCAACUGAAAAGCUUAAUAGCAUAUUGGUCGGCACAGGUUUUUACUGUUGAACCAUCUUGGUUUUCAAUAGGGGCUGGCUGGUAUGAUUAUACUUUGCAUAUUUCCCUUUUCAGCCAGACCCUAGUGGAGGAUAGACAGCCGUAUCCAGUUUUAUGACUGAAUAUACUGUAUACUCAUUUUUAAUGCAACCCAUCAUUACAUCCAUAUAGUCGGUCUAAACAGGGAGUGUAGUUUAUAUCAAGGGUUCGUUGGCAGAUUCCAUCUUAGUGGGACGUAAAUACCAGCCAUCAGGGAGGAGGAGUCGCAUUCAUCUGUACUGUGUUUAUCUGUUUGGCAGUUAUCAAGCUUCCCCGAAGAGGCUUAUUCUAGACUUUUUGUCAUCUUAUCAUUAAAUAAACAGCGCGUGUGGCAGGUACAUAUGGAUCACCUGCUGUUGCCUGGUAUAAAUAUAUCAAAUUUAUUGCCCACAAAACUGUCCAGAUCCCAGACCAGCAGAAACUCAAUAAGCAAACGCUCUGCUUAUGUGUUUCAUACUGUACACAGAGGUGAACGUUGCAGUAUUUUCUCUAAAGCCAGCACUAAAAAUCUAACUGCUUUGUUAAAUGCUGAAGUGCACAAUCAGGGUUCAUGUGAGGGUAAGAUUCAUUUUGCAUACUGUCUGAUUACUUGUGACGACUUUUUUGAAUCGCAGGUAAAAAGUCCCAUUAGUCUGGAUUAUUCUGAAAUUGUGCUUCUUUUUUCAUUUGCCCUCAAUCUGCUCCCUCUACAAUGUACAGACAUCCGUCAUUCUGGACUUACACAACUUCAGACGUCAUGUUUAUGGGGCCUUUCAUGUUUGUUUGUGACAGAAUGUUUUUUAAUGACUCAUUCUGAGUCUUUUAUUUGGCAUUAAGAGAGCACUAAAUUUGUUGUUUUGGUUUUCUUUGAAAAAAAUAGUAGUCUGUGGUUUAGUUUCAACAUAUGCAUUUGUUUUCUAAUGACUUCAGGUGGUGGUAAACUGCUGUGAUGUCAGCUAUAGAAAUUGCUCUUAAUUUAUCUUCAGUUAUCUUAGAAUACAUGUAAGUUUCAGAUUUUUUUUUAACUUUAUGCAGUUUUUGUUUUUUUACAAUGAGUCCAAAUACCCAAUCACAAAAGAAACAAAUAGCACAGUGUGGGGAUAUCUUGAUACAUUUUAAUAUGCUAGCAACAGUGCUCUAUAAUGUUCGGAUGAUGACCUUUGACAUUCAUAGGAUGCAAUAUUUAUGAGAUUUGAAACAAAUCCAGGAUAUUAAAAAAUAUGCGCAUUC